AUGGCCGAGUUGAAACCAGCUUUCGAUUCCGUCUUUCCCCUCAGGUUAUUCGAGUACGAUAGCUCAGACCGUCAGCUGUGUAUCACUUUCCUUCAGUACAAUUUGGAGGGUUCAGCGAUGGGUCAAGAAGCGUACAGAUUGUGUGAAUACAGCGAACCCGAAACUCUAGCAAUUAAGUAAGUUGGACUUGUUAUAGCGAACUGGAAAAAAAAGGGAGCGGGGUGUUUGACAAAAAGUAUUUUUUUAAGUUUAACCUCGAUGAGCAUAGUUAAACGGGCUGUUUUGGGCUAGACGGGGAGAAAGAGGAGAAGAGAUAGGUCAAGCAAUGUUUCUGAAUUUUUUUUGUUUUGAGGCUUGACUAGGGGUGCCACUGGGAUCAAUAUUAUGCUUUAGAUAAUCCAAAUACUAUUCAGCUAAUCCAAUUUUUUCAGAAACUUCACGUUCAAUUUCGGAGGCAACACUACAGAGCUGAAACAGUUGUUCUUGAAGUUUGAAACUCCAAUCGUGAAGAUGGCUACAAGUGAAGCCGGAGUGUAUGUUUUUUUUCAAUUUUUUCACUUUGAUAACGUUUGUUAUUGUAAAUGGAGGGCGAUUUUGGCUUGUAGAAUACAAAGGUACAGAGGUUUAAGAAAAGUUUGUGGCGUACUUACUAGGGAAUUGCCAAAUAUUCCUCAGCUUUUCGAAUGAGACCAAUAUAGGAUGAAAGAGCAUAAAAAGUUACCAAGAAAACGGUUUUCAAAAACUGCUAAAUAGAUUUGGCUAGCGAGUUAUUAGCGAUUAAAGGAUUUACAUAGGGUUUCCUAUGUGACUCUUCUCAUUUGUCUUGAGCAAAACGGAUGGGUUAAAGCUUUUAAUCCAGUGUGGCCGAGUGGUCAACCAGUUAGUCUGGGGUGCAGAAGGGGGGAAGUUCGAACCUCCUGGUUUUAUUUUGGUGCCCAGCUAUACUGACAAGAAGUUUUGGUUAGCCAAACAAUAUUUUGAUUAAAAAAAUAUUUUUUAAGUCGUAUUUUUUGCUUUUAGACACUUUUAGAAAAAAAAUAAUUAUCAAAAAAUAUCAUUUUUCGAACUUUAAAGCUAUACCUUGUAAACAUAUAAGGAUAUAGGGCAUUCUGUAACUCGCUAGCCAAUUUCAUUUAGCAGUUUUUAAAAACCGUUUUCUCGGUAACUUAUUAUGCUUUUUCAUCCUAUAUAGGUCUCGUUCAAAAAGCCGAGGGAUAUUUGGUGCAAUUCCCUAGUUAGAGUAAAGACGAGAGGGCGUAUCCUUUGUUUUCAAAAAGACAUUGUGACAUUUCUUAUUAAAACAGUCCAGAAUCAUAAUUUUUUAGAGAAAAACUGUAUGGCGCCGGAUUACCCUCAUUCAUCCACGUCACUGAAAGUUCGGAUCCGAUCUACGUUUCCCUGAACCGAUCUCUACUCGUUCAGUAUUGUAGUGGCACGUUGGGCACUCUGGUAAUUGAAGGAGGAGGUCUCGGACAGACGGAUCCAGGCAAGAACGUUACCAAUGUCGACUUCGAUUUGUGUGAGAAAAAGUAUGGCUACACCAAGAGUGGUCACCUUUGGCUGGGCAGAGGAAACUGUCGAGCUAUGAACGGUACUCUUUUGGAAACUGUACCAUGCCCACCCGACAUGGAGCUGUAUCUUUCUGGCGUGAGUUUUUGGGGUUUUUUGAUGUUUUAAAGGUGGGGUUAGGUAAAGUAGGGUAGGGUAGGGUAAAUUAGGGUGAAGUUCGGAAAGGUAGGGUAAGAUACGUAAAGUAACGUACGGUACGGUACAAUAGGGUAGAACAAAAUAAAGAGUAAGGUAGUUGAGUUACGAUACGACGGGGCACCUUACCGCAGUUUAAGAUAAGGCAGGGUAUGAUAAAGUAAAAAGACUAGAAUUUGAAGAUAGCGUUGAGCAAGACAAGACAGGAUACAGUAUGAACGUACGGUAAGGCAAAAAAUAUUUAUGUAAGAUAGAGGACAAGUUUUGCAAAGUUACAGUGUGAAGAAUUGGGUAGUUUAGGGUAAAAUAGGGUAGGGUACGGUAGAGUACAGUAGGGUAUGGUAUAAAAUGAUCUUGUUUUAGAGAAAUGCUUACGCGCUCGGAGCCACAGCGGUCGAAAAUGAGGAAGAAACUCAUCUUAUUUUGUCUUUGAAAGAGUAAGUUUUUUCAAAACUAAAGUGUUUCAUAGCUAUGGUUACAUAUCAUGGUUCAUAUAAAGUUGUUAAAAUAAUUAUGUUCCCUUAAAACCAAAACGUUAAUUUUAGAGGGGGCACAGAAUUAUUUGAACAAUCGGAUAUGAUAUGUAAUUACUAUAAUAUUCGAUUUUUCAAAUUGUUCUAAGCCCAUAACUUCCAAAAAUUGCUUUGAAAGGGGGCACAGAAUUAUUUGAACAACCUAUUUUUGCUCUUUGAUAACGCCUAUACUAUAAUAUGUAGGUAAGAUAAUAUAGGUUGUUCAAAAAAUUCUGAGCUCUCUUACCUCAAAAAUUUGCUUUAAGAAGGAGCACAGAAUUAUGUGAACAAACCAAUAACACUGUUACAAUAAAACGAUUUUUUCAGAGCACCUUCCUGGGGUAUGAGAAACGAGUGGAUCAUUCGAAUUGCAGUAAUUGUGGGUGUUUCUUUGGGCGUGCGUAAGUGUUUUAUACUUUGGAGAUAAGCUAGAAAAAGACUAUUUUUGUAUUUUUUAUUACAGUUUUGUUUUGCGUCAAGUUUUACAAAAACGUUUUGUUUUGAGUCAAGUUUUUCAAAAACUUUUCGCUCUAACAUUAAGUCAAGUUUAACAAAUUAUUCAUAUUUUAGUCUUUGUGGUUGGUCUUUGCGUCUACUACUUUGUAUGUCAACGUGUACCAUUCCCGCCUUUGGUCUACAUCCGUAAGAAGAUGGGCAAAGACAAGCCCAAGACCGAAGACAUAUCAGUAUCAGUAACGAACGAAGGAGGAAAGCCAGAGAAAGAUGCCAUUUCAAAGGAGGAAAAGUCGAAAACCGAGUCAAAGAUAGACAAGUCCAAGACGGAAAAGUCGAAGGCGGACAAGUCGAACAAGGACAAGUCCAAGAAGGAGAAAUCAAUCAUGGGCAGAACCGAGAUGGAGAGAACCAAAAAGAAGGACCGCAAAUCGAACUCUAGCGUCAGAUCAGAAGCUAAUCCCACCAGCGCCAUGUCUCAAGCAUCUGAGAAGGUACCAUCUCAGCUGAUUGAAUUGUAA